AUGUCCUCCACAGCCCAUUUCCUCAACUCGGAGACGAACUCGCUCGUCGACCCCCAGACCUUCGAGCGAGAGUCACACAAUUUUCUGGCCUGGCUCAAAUCCAAUCCUGGAGCCCACGUCAGCCCCAAAAUCUCUCUGACAGACCUUCGAUCCAGCGGUGCUGGACGAGGAGUCGUGGCUCGCACCAAUAUCGAAGAAGGAGAAGACCUCUUCUCCAUUUCUCGCACCACAAUCCUUUCCGUGCAAAACUCGGACUUGAAGACCCUGCUCGCCGCAGACCUGGAUGAGCUGGGCCCAUGGCUCUCUCUGAUGCUGGUCAUGAUAUAUGAAUACCUGCGCGGCGAAUCCUCGAAAUGGGCUCCAUAUUUCAAGGUCCUGCCCUCUCACUUCGAUACCCUGAUGUUCUGGUCUCCGGCCGAACUGCAGGAAUUGCAGGCCAGUCCUGUGAUUGAGAAGAUUGGAAAGCAGGGUGCCGAUGAGGCAAUUCGAGACAAGAUUCUCCCUAUUGUUAGAGCGAAUCCGUCUCAGUUCCCGCCUCUCAAUUCCCGUGAGUCUUGGGAAGGCGAGGUGGCUGCCCACGCACUGCUGGAACUUGCUCACAUGAUGGGGUCCCUGAUCAUGGCUUAUGCGUUUGACAUUGAGAAGCCUGAAGACGAUGAUGAAGAAGAGGAGAAUGGUGAUGAUGACGGGUAUAUGACCGAUGACGAGGAGCAGCUGCCCAAGGGCAUGGUGCCGCUGGCUGAUCUCCUCAAUGCGGAUGCCCACCGCAACAAUGCUCGGCUGUUCCAGGAAGAAGAAGCGCUGGUCAUGAAAGCCAUCAAACCGAUUAACUUAGGCGAAGAGAUCUUCAACGACUACGGAGAACUCCCGCGAGCGGAUCUCCUGCGUCGCUACGGUUAUGUGACCGACAACUACAAGCCUUUCGAUGUAAUAGAGCUGUCAUCGAAGGAGAUCUGCCAGGCAGCCGGUCUGGAAAAUGCGGAUGUGGAGUCUCAACCCAAGCUCCAAUUGCUCGAAAAAUUCGACAUCCUCGAUGACGGCUACGUGAUCUCCAGGCCAGCAGCAGAAAACUCCAUCCACGACAUAUUCUCAACUGAGCUCGUGUCCCUCGUCACCAUCCUCACUCAGACACCAUCCGAAUUCGACGUGCAAAAGUCAAAGAACAGACCCCCCAAACCAAAAAUGGAGUCUGCUCAGAUCGAGGUUCUCCAGCGGGCUCUGCGGACGAAGGCGAUGUACUAUCCUACGUCUAUUUCGGAAGAUGAACAGAUAUUGGCCCAGCUUCCCUACGUGGCUGAGGAUGCAUCCUCUCGUCGGAAGCGAAUGGCCCUCCAGGUUCGUCUUGGCGAGAAAGAGACCCUGUCUGCUGCUCUGUCUGUGCUGGAGCGCCAUCUUGCUCAGGUGACUGAACACCGGAAGCGGAGUGCCAGCAAUGGGGAUGAGACCAGACAGGCUAAAAUGCCACGGAUGUGA